AUGGUUGCCCGUAAAAAGACCAAAAGAAAGUCAUCAUGGUUCACGUCAGGAAAUCAACUCUCUAAAAAGAAAAUGGAAGAUGAGACAGCACAAAAUAUUGUAAAGAUGAAGGAAGAUGAAGCUUGUUGUAUCAUCGAUGACAGUGAUGUGACUAUGGAGGGAGAUGUGCAAGGGUGUAGGAAUUCCAGUGGAAUUCUGAGGAAAAAUCAAAAAGGAACUUGUGAUGAACUCAAAGGUCAGACAAAGGAGAGUUGUCCAUGUCCUGCCCCUCAGCCACUGUUCCCCUUUCCUCAGGAUGAAAGCAAGCGUAAAACAUGGAUGAAGAAAGUCAAAUUGGCUGAAGAAAUGUUCAACACUAGGUUGAGGGUGUGUGCUGUGCACUUCCGAGACAAGAAGCCAACAGAAGAAAACCCUGAUCCAGAAUUAGACUUGGAUUUCAAUGUGAAUUCACAUUCAGAACUUGUGACAAAUGGUUCCCAGCACCAUAAACAUCAUCAGAAGAACCUGCAGCUAUUCUGUCGACUCUGUGGAAAUAAUGAAGGAGUCGUUACUAAAUCCUGUAGGGCAUAUCCAAAGUAUAAAUUUCAGCAGGAUAUAUUUAAAUCUCUAGCCAUCGAUGUCACACAAGAUUCCUGUUUUAUUUACCCCAGAAAUAUUUGUUAUGUCUGUCGCGCAAAAUUAAGUGCAUGGAAGUCUGGCGUGCAAAAAGGCCGUUCUAUUGAUAUACAGAUACAACCAGCAAAAUUUGUUCCACAUGAUGAGACAACUAAAUGCCUUGUGUGCUUGAACCAGUCUCUCAGAACUUGCAGACCACCACAGAUGGCUACCAAUGCUGAGUCAAACAAAGCCCUGACAAAUAUGGAGGAUUGUAAAAAGAAAGAUGAAGAAGACAAUAUAUAUGUGUUUGACUUCAAGCUCGACAUGGAUGACAUCAUCUCCUCCACCUUAAAGGAACUCUGUGAACCAGAACACGAGGACACAUUGGCCUUCCAGUCAGAUCUCUCCAAGUUUUCUCAGCAACUGCGAACCAUUGACCGCAAGACAAAGGAAGUACGUAAAAUCUACACUGAAUGUUCAGAGAAGCUACGUAUCUACAGGGAGGAGUUGGAGGAGGCUGAUCGUGAGGAAGAAUUGCGAGAGGCAGCAGCAGAGAUUGAUGCUAAAGAGGCUGCAGAAGCUAAUGCCAAAGUUGAUGAUGACAGCGACGAGGAUGAUGUACAGUUUGUGGCCGCAACCUACGACCCCUCCAUCAUGGAGAAGAGGCAAGGAAUAGCUAACCAGAAUAAAAACCUUGUUUCAGCUUUGUCAGCUUCACCAGCAACCACAAAAAUGGAACCUCUGACACUACCUCCAGGGGCUGUGUUGGUGAAGUUGCCCCCUAACGGUCAGUCCCAGGCAGGUAACAGCCCCUCACUCCAGUCCCUGAGAAAUGCUCUAGCAGCCUCUAUCAACAAACAAAUCCCUCCACAGCUACAACCGACCACCACUACUGUGGGAACCCCAGGUAACCGGUUUGUACAGUCUAACACUCUGCAGAAUCAGCAACGAAUGGAAGCCCUGUACAGGGCAGAUGUGGAGACAAUAGAAGUUGGUGGUAAAAUACUUGGAAAGAAAUUUAAUGAUAUUUGGUACAAAGGAACUGUAUCAGACAUCCAGAAUAAAGAUAAGCCUGUUGCAGAGAGGAAAUAUAGCAUUAAGUUUGAUGGAAAAGGAAAGAAAGUGCUGAGUCCAAAACAUGUUGCUUUUAAAGACCCGAUAGUUCGACAGAUCUAUGUAGGCACACGAGUCAUAGCAUUGUAUCGUGAUGAAGAUUCAACAUCGUCAUACUAUGCAGGGAUAGUAGCUGAAACUCCCAACGGCCGAAAUCAACAGAGGUAUCUGAUCUUCUUUGAUGAUGGCUAUGCACAGUAUUCACUGGCAGCAGAUAUCAACAAAGUCCUGUGGCAGAGUAGUAAUGUAUGGGAGGACAUCCAUCCCGACUCACAGGAAUUCAUCAAAGAAUACCUAAAACAAUACCCCGAGCGACCCAUGGUGAGGCUCCAGAAGGGUCAGAUGGUAAAGACAGAGUGGAAUGGUAAAUGGUGGACGGCAAAAGUGAUGGAAGUAGAUGCUAGUCUGGUCAAGAUGUAUUUCCUGGCAGAUAAGCGUGUGGAGUGGAUAUAUCGGGGAUCUACCCGUUUGGAGCCUCUCUACACAGCACUGGCUAAUGCUGAGUACAACAAGAGUGCUGGUAAAGUGAAACGUCACACCAACACCACAGUGGGUAAAACUCCAGUGGUAGAGUAUACAAGGGGUGUUAGUGAAACCUUCAGUCAACAGGUUGUUACUCCACAGGCUAACAAGACCCCAUCACCACAAGUACCAGCCACACUAGUACGACAGUCUUCUGCAGACAAAAAGAGACCAGUAGCCAGAAAGAGUACAUCUGGUCGUCCAUCCACAGAGUGGGAAGGGCCGUGGGUGAAACAGACUCGAACAGGUGCUCCAGUAGAAAAAUCAAAAGAAUUUGUUGCCAGCAGUAUCAGCAGUCAAAAAGUUGGGAAAGAUAUGGCAAGUGUGUUACAGGACCGUCUGUCUAAAACUGCAGACAACACAGAUCUAGAUGAUGAUUCCUUAGGACAAAGAAUGGAAUCAAAACUGCCAUUCAAAGACCGAGUGAGGAGGAAAUUUAGAACUCACAACUGUGGUAAAGAUUGUUUGAAAGAUUGUGAUGAUGACCCAACAAAGUACAAGGGAGGCAACCCACUCCUGAUUCCAUUAUUGUGUGGCUGGGAAAGACACGUGUGUAAAAUGAAGCCUAACCACAAGAGAGUGGUGAUGUAUCGUGCUCCCUGUGCUCGGCGACUACGAAGCAUGGAUGAUGUGUUUACAUUCCUAAUGCUCUGUGAUUCACAACUAACCAUUGACAUGUUCUGCUUUGAUCCCAUCCUACAUGUACACACUGAGUUUGUUCCAGUCAAGACUUUUUGUGACAUUAAAGACUUGUCAUAUGGGAAAGAAAAUGUGCCAAUAUCAUGCGUGAAUGCCCAUGACAGACAAUAUCCAGACUAUGUAGAAUAUUCAAAUGUCCGGAUACCGGCCAAGGGUGUGAAGCUUAAUCUUGACCCAGAUUUCCUGGUCUGUUGUAGCUGUACUGAUGGCUGUAGUGAUAGAGCUAAGUGUGAAUGUCAACAGCUGACAGUGGAGGCCACAGGGAUAGUAGAAGGAGGCAAGAAAAAUCCUAAUGCUGGAUAUGAACACCGAAGGCUCAAGGAACCCCUAACAACAGGUGUAUACGAGUGUAACUCCCGGUGUAAAUGUGACAAUAGAUGCUGUAAUAGAGCUGCACAGAAUGGAUUGAAUGUCCGUCUCCAAGUGUUCAAAACAGAGAAAAAAGGCUGGGGUUUACGGUGCCUUGAUGACCUGCCCUCUGGUGGGUUUAUCUGUAUAUAUGCCGGCCAGUUACUGACAGAGCAGGGUGCUAAUGAGGAUGGACAGCAGUAUGGUGAUGAGUAUUUGGCAGAGCUGGAUUAUAUGGAGGUUGUAGAGAGACAGAAAGAAGGAUAUGAAAGUGAUGUAGACAUGGAUGAAGGUGUUGGGGACAGCAGUGAAGAUGAUGAAGACAGUGAUCGCCACUUUAGCGAUAGUGACAGUGAUUUCUCUGCUAAUGGUCAAGGAGAAAAAGAAUCUUCAAAUUUAAUGGACAUGGCAAAUUUACAUAGAACAAGGUUGUUUACUGGCUCAGAAACAACAACACGGAUGGAGAGGAACUCAAAGGAUGACAAGGAUGAUAAAAAGUCUGUUGGUAAAAUCGUACUGCGUCGUGACUCGUCCCGUUCUGGUAGCAAGGAGGAUGAAUGGGACAAGGACAUUGGAGUGAGGUCUGUGAGAUUCCAGGAGAAUCCAGAGAAGAAUGCUGCAACUGCUGCUUGGGUUAACAAGGUAGACAAUGGCAGCACUAUCACUAUUGAAGAUGAGGAAGACAUGGAGACUAGUGAUUCAAAGCUGAACAUGAAGAAAUCUGCCUCUGUAGACUCAUUUGGAAUAGACUCCGACUCUCUUCCAGACCUGGAUACAGAAGCUGCUCCCAAGGAGGACAGCAAAAAAUCAGAUGUGUCAUCAGAGAAAAAAGAAGAGCCCAAAGCACCACAGGAGUUCCCAGACCCCCGAAGAACUUGUCUAACAGCUCGCAGAAGUACAUCAAAAACAUCACGGUUUAAAAAUUUGCCUGACCCAAAAAAGAAACUGCCACCAGAGGAGAACAAAGUUGAGGAGGUGGAGGAAGAUGAGGAGAAAAAAGAUGAGAAGCCUGGUACAAGGUUUUACUUUCAUGAUGGACAAGAAUGCUACAUCAUGGAUGCUAAGUCCAUGGGGAAUAUUGGACGUUAUCUUAAUCAUAGCUGCACCCCAAACGUGUUCGUACAAAAUGUUUUUGUAGACACGCAUGACCUCCGUUUUCCAUGGGUGACUUUCUUUGCUGGACAAUACAUCCGAGCAGGCACUGAACUGACAUGGGACUAUAAUUAUGAGGUUGGCAGUGUUCCGGGGAAAGUCCUCUACUGCUAUUGUGGAUCUGCAGAUUGUCGGGGAAGGCUCCUGUAGGUGGUACUGAUCACUCACAGAGAUCUGACUAUAAACUGAUACAGAAGGUUUGGAGGAUUAAAUUGGAGGCAGAUCUUCACUGAUGGCCAUAUCCAGCCAAUUUCCUAGUCACAUUGUCAAUGAGGUGUGUAAAGGACAUUGGACAAUGGCCAAGGUCAUGGACCAAUUUCCUAGUCACAUUGUCACUGAUGUGUGUAGAGGGCAGUGGACAAUCGUCACAGACAUGGACCAAUUUCCCAGUCACUUUGUCACUGAUGUGUGUUGCACACAGUAGACAACAGCCAGUCAUGGACCAAUUUCCUAGUCACAUUGUCACUGAUGUGUGUAGAGAGCAGUGGACAAUCGUCACAGACAUGGACCAAUUUCCCAGUCACAUUGUCACUGAUGUGUGUAGAGGGCAGUGGACAAUCGUCACAGACAUGGACCAAUUUCCCAGUCACAUUGUCACUGAUGUGUGUAGAGGGCAGUGGACAAUCGUCACAGACAUGGACCAAUUUCCCAGUCACAUUGUCACUGAUGUGUGUAGAGGGUAGUGGUCAAUCGUCACAGACAUGGACCAAUUUCCCAGUCACCUUGUCACUGAUGUGUGUUGCACACAGUAGACAAUGGCCAGUCAUGGACCAAUUUCCCAGUCACAUUGUCACUGAUGUGUGUAGAGGGCAGUGGACAAUCGUCACAGACAUGGACCAAUUUCCCAGUCACCUUGUCACUGAUGUGUGUAGAGGGCAAUGGACAAUCGUCACAGACAUGGACCAAUUUCCCAGUCACAUUGUCACUGAUGUGUGUAGAGGGCAGUAGACAAUGGCCAGUCAUGGACCAAUUUCCCAGUCACCUUGUCACUGAUGUGUGUAGAGGGUAGUGGUCAAUCGUCACAGACAUGGACCAAUUUCCCAGUAACUUUGUCACUGAUGUGUGUUGCACACAGUAGACAAUGGCCAGUCAUGGACCAAUUUCCUAGUCACAUUGUCACUGAUGUGUGUAAAGGACACUGGACAAUGUUCAUAAACAUGGACCAAUAUCCCAGUCACAUUGUCACUGAUGUGUGGAGGGCAGUGGACAAUCGUUAUAGACAUGGACAAGAUCACAUUCUCCCUUCUCAGUCAAGGAGAUCAGACAAUAAAGGAAGUCCAUUGAUUGUGUCUGAAUGUUGUGUAAAUGUGUAAAGUAUGAGAACAUUUUGUUUUCUCUAUUUAAUUGUCAAGAAAAGUUUGUGAUUAAGAAUCAGCUAGUCAAUUUGUUUGGGAGUGAAUAAGUUUGACAGGCAGCAUAUACUUGUAUGUGUUAAAUCCUGUUACUAUCUGUUUCCCUGCUGAAGUAUACUAACACAGAAAAAACUCAAACUCUGGUAUCAUAAAAACUGAUGAAAAUGUUUCUAGUAAAAAACUAUUAUAUAUUUCAUUUCCUGGAAUUCUGGCCUUUU